GACUGUUUUUCCAAUAUGGCGGCUUUUACGGAUCUUGAUAUAGACGAGGAUUUGGCUGUUGGAAGGUCCAGUAGAGCUGAUAAAAAGUUUGACACAACUGUGGGUCACAUCGAGGAUAUCAUAAUGGAGGAAAGAUUUCAGACAAUACAACAUGACUUCAAAGAAAAGUAUUACCACCACUUUACAGAUGAAGAGGAAAAUAAGUUAAUAUACAUGGAUAUAUUCAAAGAAUAUGUUGCCUUGUUGGAAAAUUACAUUCAGGAGGAGCUUAAGAAAAGAAUUUCUGGCUUCUCCAUGGAAGACUUUACAAAAAGUUUAGAAAAUCGUCAUGACCAAAUUGGAGGAGACAUUCUUGACAUGUUACUUAGUUUUACAGACUUCAUGGCCUUUAAAGAAAUGUUUUUAGAGUAUAAAUCUGCAAAAGAAGGUACAGGUAUGGACUUCAGUGACAUGUUAACCAUCACAUCAACCACAUCAGACAGAGAGGAGCAUCAAGGAAUGCAGAUUGACCCUGAUUCACCAAGAGAAGGGCCAUCUUCCAGCAGAUAGUCUUCACAGAAACACCUUUCAUAUUUAGGUUACUACAGUUGCUUCAGACCUUGUAUGAACUUUGUAUGCCUGGAAUUCUGCCAGGCUGCUCUUUGUAAAUAUGACACGUCUUAAAAGCACCACAAGUUUUUCAUGCACUGUAAACAAAUCUCCAUAAAAAGGCAAUACAGAGUCAAGCAAGUAUGUCAUGAGAACUAAGAAACAAUUCACCAGGUGGAAAUCGUCUCAGUCCAUGUUUCUAAAUUCCCCUUCUUACUUUUAUUAAUAAUUAGGAAUUGGACUGAAAGUAGCACAAUUCGCAAAGUAAUCAAGCAAGCCAUUUCAAAAUUUGACUAGCUUGCAGUGUGAGGUUGAUUUGAAAUUACAAUCACAAUCACUCUCUGAGGUCCAAUUUUUAAUAAGCUGUAUCAAUUGCAAAUUUUGUGAUUGAGGAGUCUUUAAGAACUUCUUUUGGCUGAAGAAGUCGGUUUCCAUAAGUUUUGAAUGACAGUAGGGAAAUAUUGAGAAAGCCAAUAAAGUACGCAAAAUUGAGGCACGAGUGGUAGGUGUCCUGUUAGAGGCAUUCAAUUUCAAAACAUAACUGGAUGCCUGUUAUUGAACACCCACUCAAUCACGCACCAGUUAUGUGACAAA